CUGGAGGGGAAAGAAAAGCUUGGGGAGCUAGGACUGAGAAAAACAAAAUGAGACCGCAGUGUGCAGAGCAGACGGCUCGAGGAGGAUCAACCUCAAAGAUCCAUCUGAAGACGCAGUGGGUCGCCCAGGAAAUCCCUUGACAGUUGAAUAUUUUGACUACUCUAGUUCUUAGUUUUGAUGUUAUUUCGUUUUUUUUUUUGUUGUUUUAUUUUCAAUGAGAACGUUACAGACGAACAUCUCUUCAAUAGGCUUCCGGUAGAAGCUUUUGGGGGCUAUUAGUUAGGCUACUUACAGUUUUAUCGACUGGUCUCCAGAAGUGAAGAUAAAGAAAACGGAAAAGGAAAGUGUGAGGAGACGGAAGGCAAUACAUACCUUGUACAAAACAACGACCUGUAGGAUUUAAACAAAAAAUAUAUAUGUUCAUGUUAAUCCUAUCAAACAGAAAAUAGAAGUCUUCAGUCUAACAAAUAUGAAAUGACAUGCAUUUCAAAGCCAGCGCAGACUUAAACUGCUUUCGAAUUGGAUUGGUAGUUGACACGUUUUUUUAUAUAUAUCGUUGUAGUUUAUAUUUUUGUAUCAUUAUUUUAUUCCCAUAUAUGCGGAAUAAAAUAUCUUGCAAUGUGCGGAUUAAAAUAGUUGGUUUUGAUGUAACAAAGAUAUUUGCUAUGUUUAUUUGAGACAAUAAAAUAGAUAGAAUUACGACCAAAAAUAAAGUUUCAGCAAUAUAUCUAGUAGGCCUACUUGUGUCCUUCGGUAAUUGUAAUGCAAAGUUGAUGUGACAUAUAGGCUACACAAGCACUCUUGAUGUAUAGGCAUUACAUGCAUUGAAGACAAAAGCAGAGACACCUGCCACUUUGUCCGGGACUUCGCGAGCUUCGAAUCCGACACUGUUUUCUCCACAGGCUACACCAAAAAACAAUAACGGUCAAGUGACAGAACCUGAACAGAGAUCUUUUUUUCCGGUUGCAAAAUGUUGUUCUCCAAAGUGGACUAUAGCAAAGUUUCGGUCAGCAAACUACAGUGAGCUAUAUGAAGAUCGAGACACAGAUUUUCCCUCGCAGAAAUGCCAGUGCGAAUGCCAGUGCGAACCACAAGGUUCAUGUACAAGGGAAAUUGCACUAUUCCAGAUAUCCUAUCAUACCGGACCCCCAUUAACCUGCCCGAGGAUGAGGUGGAAGAGAUCCGUGAGGCCUUCAAGGUGUUUGACCGAGAUGGAAACGGAUACAUCUCAAAGCAGGAGUUGGGGGUGGCUAUGCGGUCACUGGGAUACAUGCCCAAUGAGGUGGAGCUGGAGAUUAUUAUCCAAAGGCUGGACAUGGAUGGAGAUGGCCAGGUUGACUUCGAAGAAUUUGUUGCACUGCUUGGACCUAAACUUAUUGCUGCUGGGAUGCCUGAUAAGUUCCAUGGGGCGGACUUUGACUCAGUAUUUUGGAAGUGUGACAUGUCGAAGCUGACAGUGGAUGAGCUGAAGAGGCUACUGUAUGACACCUUCUGUGACCACCUCACCAUGAAAGACAUUGAGAACAUCAUCAUGACCGAAGAGAGCCACCUGGACAGUCAAGCGUGCCAAGUGGACAUUGACACCAGCCCAACACAACAGAAGCACACAUGUGUGCGGAAGAGCCUGAUUUGUGCCUUCGCCUUUGCAUUUAUCAUCAGCGUAAUGCUUAUUGCAGCUAACCAGAUGCUUCGUAGAGGUAUGAAGUAGAAAGCCCUGUCCUCCACUACCAGAAGGGUUGUUUCCUUUGUUAUCCUUUCACACUCAACCCAGUGACUAAGCAUAGACAAAUUGAACUGAUAGAUAGGAACCAAAAUAACAUGUAAUUUUUUUCAGAGACAUAUAUUUAAUGACCAUUCUGUCCUGAGAUCCAUUUAGAGCCAAAACACAGACUGAACACCCUGAUACCAAAACUGUCAACUGGACUAAUGGAUAUAGGCCAGGAACCUGAGGAACAAAAUGUCUUGUUUACCCUUCACCAUUAGUUUAAGAUGUUCUGAAGGUUACCACCAAACACACUGUAUCAUACACAAAAAGAAAGAACAAAUACUAAGCAAUUAUACAAUCUCUUUGAUUCAACUCACCAUAAUGUUGCCCUAUACCAUUCACAGGGUCAUUUAUUAGCCUUCUAUUUCCUAUGAGGUAAAUGAGUAAAGCUGUAGUGUCUGUGCUCUAUUGCUAACCAUGUUGUCUGAAACAUAUCGACAUUACUAGUGUAUAUCAUGUGGCAUUUACAGCCUGCCCUUGCAAAGCACGUAGCCAAUGGCAUUUUUUCCCCUACAUACAUUUGUAUUCAACAUCACAUAAAGAACAUGCACAGUACAUACACAACAUAACUCUGCAGUACCAACGGCAGUUUCUAAAGAAAGUAUCCGACCUGUUGUAGAGAAGGAAUUUAGAGAUGUGGAGAUAUCAUUUGGGGAAUUUAGAGAUGUGGAGAUAUCAUUUGGGGAAUUUAGAGACGUGGAGAUAUCAUUUGGGGAAUUUAGAGAUGUGGCGAUAUCAUUUGGGGAAUUUCGUAGACACAGAUAAUAAUAGUUAUCAUCAGCAAACCUGAGAUGCAUCUGCCAAUCUCUAUCUCUUGAGUCACUGUUCCGAUUGCUGGCUCACCCCAAUUCUCCUUCUAAACACACAGCACAUGUACAUGUAAAUAAUACCACGUAGUAUGAUUUGUGUACUUCCUCUGUGGUGUUUACCUUCAAAGUCAGAUGUAUUUAUUGAAAUGAUUAUGCAAAUGAUAGUUAUUAUUGCAAAAAAGUACGCCGUAGAUUAACGUUUUGUGUAAAUAUUUCUAUUCUGUGAAUGUGGAGACAGUUUCAAAGGACAUUUAAACAUAUUUUUUGUUUGGCUUUUGACAUGGUCCACCAAAAACAACAUUAAGCUAUUGUUUAGAUUUUUUACAUGGUUCUAUUUUCUUAAUAGAAGAAGAGAUACUUUAUAUCAAAGAUCAAGAAUGCAAACAUAUACUUUUUUUUUUUAAAUUAGGGUUCUUAUGUAUAAUUCCCAGGUUUACUGAAACAUCAUUCUAACACAUUUAGUAACCUGCUAAUUGCCAUGUACUUAAAUUUGACAUUUUGCUCUUUUGUCAUAUUUAUUUUUUAGAAAUCUAUGUUUUCUCCUUAUCAUAUAUGAAGAAUUUAACUAUCAUUUUAAUGAAAUGCUAUAUAUAUUCUCUUGCUCUUUUUAUCACAAGCUGAAUCAAGUCUGUAUCAUACCAGAAAAUAGUAUAUCAAAUAAUGAAAAAGAACAGGGCUUGCAAUAGUCUACCUUGAUGAGGGUGACAAAAUGUUGCUCGGUUAUCUGUUCAUAUAUGAGAAAUAACUAUUUGACAUUAUAUGCAUUUGCGCAAAUGUGAAAUAGCCAGUGUAAUAGACAAUACAUACAAAAAUAGUAAAGCAAUGAUAUUGUAUAUGACCGAUGUUACAUUGCAUUAAUGAGGAGAGAUAUGUUAAUGUACAGUUUGUUGAGAGUGAUCUGAUGUUUUUUCAUAUCCCUCAAUGUGUUGUCAUAUGAAGCAGUUUUGUUCUCUAUAUGUGACUGUGAUUUGCAUCAAGUCAAACAUAGUGCAGCUCUGAUACUUUGUGCCAAACGCGGGGGGGAAAUGCACAUAUCAAUCAUUUCAGAAUAACAUGUUUUAGGGAUCGAAUAUUCUUGAUAGAAACAUAACUUGCAAACAAAUGUAUUUCUUAUCAGAAACAAAUGUCUUGCAAAUAAAAACUAACGCAAUAUACUGUAUACUGUAUGGACAUGGUGUAUAGAAAUGACCUCUCAUGUGAACCUUCAAGUGUCCUCGCACUGUCUGUUGUUGCCUUUGGUUGAACUUUCUAAGGCAUUCUUUCAGCAUCAGUAAUCUCAUCCUAUGCACUGUAAUUGCACAUAUGUACCCGUCACCACAUCAAAUAUACAUUUAAAAACAUGAUGUCUGGAUGCAUGUUGUCCAAUAAACAAACA